GUAAGCCAGAUUUCUCAAUUGCUAAAUGUAGUCUAAACAAAAGCAGCCAUACAAAACCUUUGCCUCACUAAAACUGGCAAAAUUAUGAUUUAAAUUCAGUGCUUCAUUAAGUAGUAAGUAAAGAGGAGUAAGAGCUUUUAUACUGGACAGUUAAUAUCUGUGCUGCAAAAACACAUGAAGGUCCACCAUACCAAAGGAAUAUUGUGGUUUGUGUCCUCACGUUUUCCCCCUUUUGCACAGAUCCAUGAUACCCACCACCAACCCUGUCAGGGGUUGUGUCUCUAAUUUUCUCUGUGAGUGAGGGGAUGCCCAAGGAUCAGCCCUUGCUAUUGAUCUACCAUUCAGCAAAUUUGUUGUCAGAAGCUCUCAGCUUGUUCAUUAUCAGUUUCCCUGGCGAAGAAAAACAUGAACAGCCUUUCAUUUCAUUUGGAUGCCCUUGUGAAGUGAAAGAGAAGGUGGAGAGAAAAUAACAAGUCAGACAGAAUGAGGGGGAGAGAGAGAGCAGGUUGCCAGUGAGAGCCUGUGAGUGGGAGGCAGCAUAAGUUGGUUUGAGGAAAAAUCAACAACCGAGGACAAGAGGCUGAGGCAGUGUCUCCUCUGUGCUUAUGUGACCUACCAUUAACCUGAGUGUACUUGAAGCCUGGCAGAGACAGCAGCGCCGUCUGAUGUGUCCUUCAGCACUGUCCAGCUAAGUCCGCCUGCUGGGCAAGUUGGCAUAAUGAAAUUGAAAACAGUGAAGUUUAAUGCGACAAAACCCUGACUCAUUCAUCAAUAUGAGCAAAUCUUCUGCAAGGGUAGGACAACAGUGGAGAGAGAGAGACAGAGAGACAUAUUCAUACAAUAGAGGUCUGCACAGGCAUUAAACUGGGACCCACAUCUGACCUGUAUCUUCAUCUUUAAGAAGACCAAACCUGAUUGAUACAGCCGUAUUUUAAACCUAAACAUGACUCAAAACCAAAUGCUGUACUUUGUUUCUGUUAGGUUUUAGACUAAAAGUGGACUCCAAAUGAGCAGGCAAAUGAGGCAGGAUAAAAGUUAACGAUCUACUGAAUAAAGAGAUAUAUAGCACAAACAGUUCACUGGAAGAGUUCCAAAAGUCCAACACAAAACAACCCAUAAACCAGGUGACAAGUCAGUAUACAGCAGUCCAAAACUCAACAGAAUUGACUGAAAUCCAAGAGUCCAGGUGGUGUUAAAAAAAUCCAAGACAAACCAGAAAUCCAGCGCUGGAGUGAAGCGGGCAGAGGCGGGCAGGUGAACCCGAGAGGCAAAAAUUAGAGUCAAAAACAACAAUGGUAACAAGCAAAGAGUGUAAGAGCCUGACUUAACACCACUAUGACAAUGGUAUAAUGUCUUCAGUUCCAGUUCUGUCUGAUCCCAGAUCUGUGAAGACCUUAGGAAGAGGAGCAAUUGUUUGAAAUCUUAGCAACAAAAAGAGCUUGGAUGCUUACCACAUUGCACUUUGUCUCUUUCUGCUCAGCAAGCAUUAUUUAUGCACAACAUAUAAACAUGAGUGCAUAUGAUAUUCCAUCCAGAGACCGAGAGAAAUAAAAUCUUUAAUAGAGUCUUAACUCUAAUUAUGUGGUUUUACUUAGGGUCUUGACUGUGACUUUAAGUUAAUAGAUUUAAAUAGAGGGAGAAAGGGAGAAAAUUUCUUCGCUUACUCAAAGGUCAGACUUGUUUUUGUGCAGUGCGAUAUUUCCAGAUGUACAGAACAUGAGAUAAUAGGGCAGUGUCCAUCCUAAGUACAGGUGUAAGGUCACAUCCUAGAGUAACUAAGCUAAACACUCUGACUAAUCUGUAGGUGAUAUCAUAGUGACCGGUGAGUGUCCAUAUGACUUCAUUUUUUGGAAAGUUCCAUGUAUUGUGUAACUGCAGAACAUUUGCUAAUGAUUAGCUGAAUUUGUUUAUCACAGAUGGAUGGAUGGACAUUCGUGUGCAUUAGAGCAACGCCUGUAGAUACACACUAACCUCUGUGUGUGGGCAUUUUCCCUCCAGAGCAUCCAGUGAAUGCAGACCAGCAGGAGCGAACUCUGCUGAAAGGCGUAUUCAACGUCAGGAAGGGAAAGUCGCAGCUGCACAAGUGGGCGGAGCGGCAGGUCAUCCUCUGCGGCACCUGUCUAAUCGUGGCCUCUGUCAAAGAUAGCCUGACUGGGAAGAUGCACAUCCUGCCCCUGGUGGGGGGAAAGGUGAGACUUCAGUGUCAGGUGGAGGAGGUGAAGCGGAGGCAACACUGUCUGAUGUUCAGCUCAGCUGGAUCACAGGCCCAGACAUACUUUGUCAACUUCGACACACUCACAGAUUACCAACGAUGGCAUCGGCAGGCAUCGAAAGUGGUGUCUCAGACAGUAAGCCUGGUGGAUCUUUCCUGCUACAGUCUGGAAGCAGUGCCUGAAUAUCUCUUUUACAGUCAGGACAUCACCCACCUCAACCUGCGGCAUAACUUCAUGAGCCUUCAGGGGCCUGGAGGUCUGCUCAACCUGCCCAGGUUUUCUCAGCUGAAGAGCCUGAACUUAUCACACAAUCGUCUGGGUGUGUUCCCUGAAUGUGUGUGUGACAUCUUCACCCUGACUGAACUCAACCUCUCCUGUAACAGUCUUCAGAUCAUCCCUGUACAGAUAGGCAACCUUCAAAGCCUGCAGACGCUGUCUUUGGAUGGAAACCACCUCAGCUCACUGCCUGAUGAGCUGGGUGGCCUCUCGCAGCUCAACAGCCUAGGGCUCUCCUUCAACAACUUCUCUCACAUCCCUGCUGUGCUGGAGAGAUUGAGUGCAGUGGACAAGCUAGCCAUGGCUGGGAACAGAGUGGAGAGCCUGGAGUUGUCUACUGUGGCGAGAAUGAGCCACCUGAAAAGCAUCGACCUCCGCUUGAAUAGGCUGCACUGCGUGAAAAGUGAGAGUCUAGAGGUGGUGAGCCAGGUGACCCAGCUGGACUUACGGGACAACUGCUUGGACUCACUAGACCUGAGCUCCCUUUGUAACCUGGAGACUCUGCACUGCCAGCGUAACCAGCUGGGGACCCUCACACUCAGCGGUUUCACACUGCGCAUGCUUCAUGCCAGCAGCAACCGCCUUACAGCAGUCAACAUCUAUCCAGUCCCUAACCAGCUGACACUCAUGGACCUAUCACAGAACCUUUUGGAGUACCUUCCGGACUGGGUGUGUGACUGCAGAAAAAUUGAGAUGCUGGACGUCACACACAACCUCCUCUCUGAGCUUCCUUCCAGACUGCUCAACAGCUUGAGUUUGAGAAAGCUGCUGGCGGGGAACAAUCGUUUGCAGAGAGUGCCUGACCUACUUGACCAUAUCCCUCUGGAAGCCCUAGACCUCCAGCACAACAAGCUAGCGGAGCUCCCUGAGAGUCUGUUUUACAAGGCCUUAAACCUAAAAUACUUAAAUGUGUCAGCCAAUGCCCUGGAAAGUAUUCCUCCCAGCAGCCAAUCAGAGGAGAGCCUCAGCACACUCCAGGAGCUCUACCUGACGGGGAACAACCUGAAUGAGAACUGCGGUGCUCUGCUGGUUGGACACCAGAACCUGCGGGUCCUUCACAUUGCCUAUAAUCAUUUGCUCUCCUUCCCUGCAAGUAAGCUGAGUAAACUGGAACAGCUGGAGGAGCUAAAUCUAAGUGGCAACAAGCUGAAGACUAUCCCCUCCACUGUGUCCAGCUGUAAGAGACUGCACACCCUCAUAGCACACUCCAACCACAUCACUGUCUUCCCAGAGAUCCUCAACCUGCCUGAGAUCAAGCUUGUAGAUCUAAGCUGUAAUGAGCUGACUGAGAUCCAGCUGCCUGACUCGUUGCCUGCCACUCUGCAAGAGCUCGACCUGACAGGCAACUGUAGCCUGAUGCUGGAACACAAAACGCUCAACCUCUUCAGUCACAUCACAACCCUGAAAUUAGACCAGAAAUCCACUACAACAGCAGGAGACUCACUGAGUACCUCCACUCCGUGGAACCAUGGUUACUCUGAAAUGAGCGGCCAAAGGAACAAGUUGUGUGUGUCUGUGCUGGCGGUCGACCGCUUUGGAGACGGUGUGGAAGCAUGUUACGGUAUCUUCGAUGGAGACCGCAACGAGGAAGUGCCUCGGCUGCUGCAGUGCACCAUGGGAGAUGUGCUGUGCGAGGAGCUGCAGCACUCCAGCGUUGACAAUGUGUACAUGUGCAACACUUUCAUCACGUCACACAGGAAACUCGGUAUGGCUGGCCAGAAACUGGGUGCUUCUGCCUUGCUGUGUUAUAUUCACCAUGAGUCUUCAGAUUCAGGAGGCUUUUUCAGCCUCACUGUGGCAAAUGUGGGCACCUGCCAGGCAGUGUUGUGCCGGGACGGCCGACCUGUACCUCUCUCUAAGGUUUACAGCUUAGAGAACUGUACUGAGGAAAUGGAGAGAGUUAAACUGAGUAAAGCCAUUAUUACUGAGGAUAACAAAGUGAGUGGAGUGACAUGCUGCUCUCGCCUGCUGGGCUGCUCUUAUCUGUCUCCCUGGGUGCUUCCAAAGCCCUGGGUGCACACUGAGCCUCUCUGUUCCCAGGACGAGUUCUUGAUCCUGGGGAAUCGAGCGCUGUUUGAACGGGUGUCCUACCAGGAGGCUGUGUGCACCGUGCAGGCUGUGCGGGAUCCUCGCGCUGCUGCCAAGAAGCUGUGUUCUCUCGCUCAGAGUUAUGGUUGCAAGGACAACAUUGAGGCUGUGGUGGUGUCCCUGCACAUUAGUGAGGACAACUGCACCUGUGAGCCUUCUGUCUCCACUGCUGAACCUCGUGGUUCCCUUCCUGCCACACCACCCGUGUCCGUGACCCCAGGCCCUACUGACCCAGCCACCCUUUCAUCCAGCAGUGGUAUUGUCUCUGAGUUCAGCAGUGAGACAUCAGCCUCAGAGGUGGGCAGUGAGGCAGGUUCCACCGCCUCAGACGAGCACCCGUCUUCUGGCCCUGCAUCCCGCCCAGAGAGACGCUGUAGUUUACACCCUGCUACUACACUGUGUGGGAUCAUGGUGCCGGGCUCAGCUGGGGCAGGAACCCAUCCAGGCCUUUUCCAGCGGCAACCCUCCUGUGCUACAUUUUCGAGUAACCAGUCUGACAAUGGCUUGGACAGUGAUGAUGAAGCUCCGCUAGAGGGUGUCAUCUCCAAUGGCAGCAAGUUAGAAGUGGAGGUAGACAUUCACUGCUGUGCUUUCCAACUACGGUCGGGGGCCCCUGAGAGCCCCAAAGACUUGGAUCUUGAUAAGCGAGGCUCUGACUAUCCCAAUGGCAAAAUGCGCAGACAGAACAGUGUGGUGGUUUCUGCUACAAACGGCUGCCUGCUGGCUGUGUGUGGGAGAGAGAUUGCCGACCUCAAGAAGUCUCCUUCCACAUCCAGCCUGUUUGGAAAGAAGCUGUCCAAUGGCUCUGUGGUAGCCCCUGAGGACAGUCAUAAUAUCAUUGAGGUGGCCCUGGAGGCUCCUAAAAAGAAGUCUGGCUACUUCACUGCCCCAGCACAGCAGGACCCUGAGGACCAGCUCAUUGUGCCUCCUAGUCUGGAGCAGGAAGUGAGAGAGCAGCUAAGAGGCCAGAGCCCUCUUGUCUCAGGCUCCUCCUUACCAUCCACACUCCCUUGCUUAAAAGACACCGUGUGGGAUCAUCCACACCCCCCUGCUUUUGCCACCAACCUGGUCCCAGGUCCAGGCCCGGUUCCCAUUUUACAACAGGAAGUCUAUGAUACUGCCCUCUAGAGGGGGGAGGGGCCACAGCACAGCACCACAAGGCUGCAAUUAUGUGAUCAUGCUGUUCCAGAGAAGAAGAAGGAGAUUUUUCUCAUACACGUGAGACAUUCCAACUCAAGUUGCCAUUCAGAUCUUUUGUGAGGACAAGACAAACCUGCAGGUCAUUAAGUUAUGCUGCGCCAUUAAUGUGAAGUAAAAAAAGUGCAUGGUCUAUAGUGUCAGAGAAAACAGGGGCAUCCAAGAUAACCAGUUCAUAACAUGAUGUUGUGAAAAAGGAUGGCUGGCUGUUUAAGAGCAACACAAGCCUGACUUGAAAUGGGAUACCUCAUGUGUUUAAACAUGUCAGCAACAUUUCCCUUUACUUAGACAGCAAGCAGUCUAGAGGGCGUGUAUGGGAUUGUGUUGAGUGAGGUCAGUUCUCCUCUCCAUGGGCUCUGUGGUCUCUCAGGUCCUGGAGAGAAGCCCUGUGACUGAAAAAGUGCCUACUGCAGACGACUCAGCCUAGAGGCCUCUUCCCCCCCACAUCCAGGCUGUGUUUGGGGAUGUGAGCUGGUUAGUUAUAUUUUGGAGGAGGGACAGUGUCUCCAAGAGACCAGCACUGGCACAGCUUCUGCUCUCCUCCUCCUCCUCCUGUGGCUUACAAAGGAAAUCAGACAAUAUAAAUGCCUGUAAGGCACAUGGGACUAGCAGAUGUGAAGGCAAAAUAACUACAUUUACGUUGCCAGAGACGUCAGGGUUGGGUUUUAUUUUUAACAUUCCCACUCAGUAUGUAUAGAAUCUUCUAUUUAGUAAAAAAAUUAAUUCUAUUCAGUGUAGUACACUCUCACACCUAGCAGCCAACUGACAUGCUGUGCUGGAGCUGCUGACAUUGAAAUUGAAAAUUGUUACCAUUUAGAGCAUUGCAGUUUGAAUGGUUGUCAAGAAUAAUAUCAAAGGCAUUCAACUGUACAGAGCGGGUGUAUUGUAGAACUCAAAAAUGCUUUUAACAGUAUAAUCUGUGACAGAGCAUGAUCAAGUGAUCUCUUUAGAAACCACAUACAAAAAUCAACAUUUAAAUUCAGCCAGUUUGAUGGUUAGUGGACUGGAGACCCCGGGAUGUUUGGAUAUCAUUUAAUGUCAGUCAUUUGAACAAACAAAUCAAGACACAAAAAUAUAUUAUUACAGGAGAUGGACGGGCAGAGAUGCAGUAUUUGUAUGUACUGUAUGUAUUUCCACUGGUAUGAAGAUUGUACAUUUUAGUAUAUCCAAACUUUGGAGGCUGCCACUCUUUUUCAUUAGUAAACACCCAUGUCCUUUUAGACAGAUUCAGUUACUGACACAGUCUCUCUACAUCUUAGCUCUCUGCACUGCCCACUUAUCCAGAUGAUUUUCAGAGUGUGUUAUUUUAGGUCAUUAUAAACAUAAACUCUCGCAUAUUGCACACAUGCUGUCUCCUGAUCAAGGGGGGCAAUGCUUCUGUACAAUUCAGCUUCCCACAGUUGGUAUAAAAUGUCAUCAUGCACUGGUUGAGAAUAAGAAAUGCACUAUGAAGUUACAUGUAGAACUUUGGCAGUUUGUUUCAUCAUUUUCCAAACCUCUUUUUUAAAAUAUAUAUUCAUAGAACCAGUCAUAUUUAUCUAAGCUGAAAGUAAGUCGUCAAGAAAUACAUUAUAGUUUGAAUUGUUGGGUAAAUAUUAUGCAGCCCUGGAAACCUCAGUUUGUUCAUUCCUGAACCUCCCCACGUUGUGCCAAAAGUGAAAGCAGCUCUGCUGUGGCUGCUGUGGUUAUGAGAAGGCCAAAGUUGGGUAAUUGCUCCUGUUGGUGAUUACUACAUCAGAUGUAUAUUUUUGGUUGCCACUUCCAAACUGCCAGUGGUGCAGUUCUUGCAUUCCACAGCUAUUGCAUAGCUGGACCUUUCAGUGUUCCCUUUUAGCCUUAAAGUGAUACAACUCAGUAUUUUUGAAAGGAGAGGCCCGUUGUUUCAUCCCCGUCAUGAUCUGUUUGUGAGUGAGGUCUUAAGCUCCGGGGGUGUUGUUAGGUAAACCCCCUCCCUCCAUCCCACCCUCCCAUAUACUUUCUUUGCUCCACAGGAAUGAGUGAUAGUCAGUGAUGAAGCCUUAAUUGAUGUAUGAGUCUGAAUCUUUUCCAUUUAUUUGCAAGUUUUUGUCUCUUGAAAGAAAUAAACACUGUUAAAAGCACUUUGUACAUAGAAAAUAAUGAUAUUCAGAGUUAUGUAUAUUUGAGUUUAAUAUAUGAGAUAUGAUCAACAUGGUAUGCCGGGAUUAUUGUGGCUUCUCUAAACCCAACAUAUCACCUCUCAUCUAAGAAUACAUAGCCAACAGAGAUGUGACAGUUCAUCUGGUUUGUUAAAAUGUCUUGACUGAUAUUUACAUUUUCAACAUCAGCACCGUCUUCUAGCAUUACUCAUAAUCUAUAUAGACAUGAAUUAGUGGGCCCCCUCCUGGCAGAAAAUGAUGAAAUGCAGUUAUUGUGCAUAUUAUGCAUAAUUUAUACCCAGUGUUGAUAUUUGGUUGAAACAAUGCGCUAACUGACUCCCAAACGUGGUAUACCUGAAAAUGUUUGGGUUUUUUUUAAAUCAAUCCAUAAUGAAUGAAAAAAAAAAGAUUUCAGAAUUGAGACAAUGAUUUCAACUCUUUUGCUAAAAUUAAGAAUGUGAAAAUCACAUUUUAUGAUGAGGCAAAGAAUUUGUUUCCAGUCACUUUAUUGGUCGGGGUGUGCAGUGUCUGAGAUGCCAAGCGCUCUUGUGGACUCCGUGGUUCAGACCGUGGCCUGACCUCCACGGUCUGAACCCACGUGUGGUGUCGGGCAUGUGGACUGAAGGCAGUGAAACACGGGUGGCACUGCAGGUGUGCCUGUUGCACGAGGAGCUACAAAAGCUCUAAGACUCAUGAUUAUGAACAACAUAAGGAGAGAAGUGGAACUCCUCUUAGGGUUUAAUAUGAAACGGUGGCGUUCACAACAGAUGUUGGGAAUUUGCUCAUACAAAUAUGCAAAGUGUCAACUGUGUAUAUAUUUAACACAUGUUUAUCAGAGCUUCAUCUUUCAUCAACUAAAACUAUAAGUAUCCUAUUUCUCAGCAUGUCUGAAAAUGACUAUUGAGUGAUGUAUGUAUGGAUGGAUGGAUGUAAUCAGGACAGUGUGGGUAAAUUGCAUUGCCCUUUUAUUAUUUUCAGAGUGUGCCCUUUCCCUCGGCUCAUUCGCAGUGUAGUUUUACUAGCCUGGUCCUAGAUUACCAAGUCAGGCCAGGACUGCGUUGCACUGCUACAUUUAGCGCUCUUCAAAACCACUUUGGUCACUUUUUGUAUACAGUUGUACACUGAUUGUUAAUUCAUCCAGUCUGUCUCCUAGAUUUAUUCACCCACUGCCCUGUCAAAUAUACACUACCAACAUGAAGUAUAUUUGAAUCAGUAGACUAACCAGUGUGCAUGUACAUAUGCCAACUGUAUGUGCAAAUACAGGAAAAGUGAGCACAAGGUACGUUUACUUAAAAUAUUCCCUUUAAUUCUUUAGUGGAGGGGGUCCAGGAGUAUAAUGCUCAUAAUUUCUGUUGUGCACAAAAUAGAGGGUAUGUGCAUCUGAGUAGCCCACACUGUCAGUGUUUUUGUUUUUUGUUUUUAUUUCCUAAAAACUGCUGACUCAUUUAUCAACAACAAGGGAUCAUUUCCUCCCUGUACAACUGUGUUUGCGAAAUGUCUGUGUUUGUGUGUGUAUGUCAAAUGAAGCUUAAAUGCACACGUGCAGUAAGUGUAUGCAUGCCCAUGUGAAUAAUGGAUCGAGUGUAAUUUCUGCGUGAAUGAACGAAAAUGCUCCAGUCGUUUAACAUGUGACCAAAGUAGCCACUGUUUAAUCCCACAGUUCCUUUCUGUACAUUAUUUUUUAGAAAUGCUUGAAUAUUUUUUUUUCUCAAUGCCAAGAAGCUGAUGUUUAUUUUUGUACUUCAUUGUUUCAUGCAAAUUUAUAUUUCCCUCUCCACUAACAGAAUUAUAAAAUGAUUGGGAUUCUACAGGAAACUGUCAUUCACUAUGGUCUUUUAUUUGAAGAUACUAAUUCUAACUGUAUUCAAUGUUGACAGCAUGCCCUAAAUAUAAAUCAACACAAAAGCAUAGAGUACAUACAAAAUGUGAUUUAUUUGUACAAAAACCGGAGCAUAUCUAAUAUUUUUAGGUUUUUAUUCUAGCAUGCAGAUUACUGCUGAAAUUUAGUUUCAUGUUUAAUAAAAGAUUCUAGGAACAGGACUAACAAAGAGCACUUUUGUUGUGUUAUCAGACAGAAUUGUACUCCCUUGAAUUAUGAGAGUGGAAGAUGAUCGUGGUUUUGUUUGAAAUGCUGCUAUCAUUAGUUUUGAGCAGACAAGCUGUUUUUAAAUUAACUUUAAGCCAAGUAGCAAUAAAACUUUUUACUGUGAA